AUGAAUCGUCUUUAAUUUCUAUUAUUGCUAUUUAGGUUCUCAGUAAGCGAUCGCGCAUCUGUAUGUUCCUUGUCUACGGUUGAGAACGAGAAUGCCGAAAGCUGAAAAGUGAUUGUAAACAAAAAUGGCGUCCGCCUUAGAGAAUUUGGAAGCUCAAUUAGAACUCUUUAUCGAGAACGUGCGACAAAUACGCAUUAUAGUGAGCGACUUUCAACCCCAAGGGCAAAAUGUAUUGAAUCAGAAGAUUCAAGGCUUAGUCAAUGGCUUGCAAGAAAUUGACAAGUUGAAAUCUCAGGUACAAGAUGUCCAUGUGCCAUUGGAAGUGUUUGAUUACAUCGACCAAGGAAGAAAUCCACAAUUAUAUACCAAAGACUGCAUAGAGAAAGCUUUGACCAAGAAUGAACAAGUGAAAGGAAAAAUUGAUGCUUACAGGAAAUUCAAAGCAAACAUGUUGGUGGAGCUGAAUCGAGUUUUUCCAAACGAACUUGCCAAAUACAGAGCGAUUCGUGGAGAUGAAUAAGGAUGUUCUAGUUUUAAGGACCAAAUUUUGACAAACAAAUGUGUCUUUACGAACGAUACCGCAUGCAUAAUUUAUUGUUUUGAUAACUUAAAAAUUUUUAAACUUAGAACGUUAUCGUACAUAAAUUUGAUGUACAAUCCGUAAAUUGAAUUUGAUUAUGUUUUUUUUAUUUAUUUUUAUCCAAUUAGAUUUGUUUACAGGUCUAGAUUAUAAAUAUUUUAAAUAUCAUUAAAUUUAUAUAAUAAAUAAAUAUUAAUUACGAUAGCAUUCUACGAUUAAAGAAUAUACUACCUGUGUAUAACACUAUUAUUUCCUUGUAUAUACAGUAUUAUAAGUGUCAAUUAUGCAAUUUUCUAAAAA